AUAGGCAGACAGAUAAAAAAAAAAGGAAGAAUGAUGACCGCCGCCGCCAUUUUCCUUGUUGUAGGCGCCUCAAAUGUCAUAAUAAUUUCAGAAAAUUAAUUUUAUUUCAUUUUUUAUGUUAUUUUCCAUGGUUAAUUAACGUCUUCAACUAUAUUUUAGCGUCGUUGCGUUUUCCAUGAGCUGCUCGCCUUCUCGGAGUUCACCGUCAAAGUAUUCUGUAACAUCGUAAUUUCAAGGAUCCGCGAUCUUGGUGUUCUACAAUGAAAUGUGGGGAUCCUCUUCAUAAAAGGUAGCAAGCGUGAGUUACGCCCACGGAGAGACUUGUUGGGUGUAGUGCGACCUAAACGGUCUAGUUUUCUUUGUUAGGAAUGGGUAGUGAAGUGUAGUGGAGUGCGGUGAAUGGACAAUGAGUGACUCGCCAGGAGUGGAAUGGUUGCCGGCGUACAGCCCGGGCCCGCCGCGGCACAGUCCGCUGGGGCCCAUCCCGCGUUUCCUGUUCGAGGGCGUGCAGCCGCUGGGGCUGCAGGAGAACAACAACAAAGAGGCAGACCAGAAGGAGAAUGCGAACAAGAUCAAGCACGCCAAACCCGCCUACAGCUAUGCCAGUAUGAUCCGCCUAGCAAUCAGCAGCUCGCCCAAUGGCAAGAUGACCCUCAACGAGAUUUACACAUACAUCUGCAACGCCUUCCCGUACUACAGGGAAGCUGGUAAAGGAUGGAUGAACUCCAUCAGGCACAAUUUGUCCCUGAAUAAAUGUUUCAUGAAAGUGGCCCGCAGCAAGGAUGACCCGGGCAAAGGGUCAUAUUGGGCUAUGGAUAGUAGUUACAAGUUAUCUGAAGUGACUCCACGGCGACGGAGGUCGCUACGGAUGGCGCCGUACAGCCCGGAGUGCAGCAGCAACAGCAGCGGCGAGGCGGCGGCGGGCGCGGGCGCGGGGGGGGGGGGGGGCGGGGGGGGGGGGCCGCUGGCGCCCGACGCGGCGCCCACGCCCCCCGCCACGCCCACCGACGCCGCGCCCGACCCCGCCAAGCUGGGCGCCGCGCCGGACCUGCACGCCACAGAAUCGAGUCACACAGACGACGCGCUGACGGCGCUCAUGAAUGAGGAGCUAAUAUCAGACGUGGACAUUAGUGAAGAGCGGUCGUGGUGCGCGGGCGGGCGGCGGCACGUGUGCGCGACGCAGCUCACCGCGCUCACGGACGACUACGGCAACUUCGUGCUGCCGCGCCACUGCGACUGCCCGCCCGACGACCCGCUGCCCGCCGCCCCCCACGCGCCCCACACGCCCCACGCGCCCCACAGCCCGCUCUACUGGCCCACAGACUUAUAACACUCCGUGUGCUGAACCUGGACCCGCUCAGGUGGGAAGCGAUCCUUUAUUGUGACGUAGUUCGACGCUCGCGGGAGACUCGGCGCUAUCGCUAUUUCUAUUGGACGUGAGUUUGUGGCGCGAGGACUUCAAUAUGUCAGUCUGUUUGUUUUGAUGUGUUUGUAAAAGGGUACUUUCGUCCCUGAAACCGUUUUUAACUAAUCUUUGUUCAAACAGUUCGAUCGUGUUGUUGUACCGACUUUGUUCUAAAUUUACAAAUCGGUAAUUGGUCGGACAGAUUGAGGCAAACGAACUGUUUUAACAUUUUAAUAUAAAAAAAAUUAAAUCAAAGAAACAAAUGAAACAGACUUAACAGUCUAAAUUAAUAAUGAUGGGAUAGCGCUAUGUAACUGAAAUACUUGUAAAAAUGCAAGUACUGCCAACAUUACAAUACUAAUUAUCGAGGCGAUGUUUUAUAUCGACCGCAAUGGCGGUGUAACGGACAGUAAAUAAUUACUAAUAUACACUGUAUUUUUCCUGUUGUAAUUCUCAAUGUGUUUUAGCACAAGAGUUGAGAAAGUAAGUUUACCUCAAAUAUUCGUUUUGGCCCCCUGUCUACAAUCAUCUUACAUUCUACUUAACUAUUACUAUUCUACUUAAAUUAAAAGAUAAGUAUAAUUUAUACUAAAAUAUGAUGUUUUUCUAUAUUUUACUGACAUUUUCGAGGGUUUAAGUUUCAACCUCAAUCCUCGACAUUUUACCCCACUGAUUGUAAAAAUAUAAACCUUAUAAAUAUAUGGUUUAUAAUGGAAUGUUCUCUCGUAAAAAAGGAGCCACCUAUAUUUGAGAUAAACCUGCUUGAGCUAUUGACUUAAUUAAAAUAUUUGUUGAUCAAAUAUAUGCCAAUAACAUUUGGAAUGUAUUUUACUCGAUUUAAAGAUGUUAGCGUUAAUACAUGUCGACAUUAACGCGAUUGCCAGUAGUAUAGGAAUGAAGCUGUUGACUGACGCAUCGUAGGCCUUAUUGUGAAGUGCAUACGAGUCAGCGGUGGUCAGCCGAGAGCGGCGCCACGGAGCGUGGUCAAGAGUGUGUUCCAGACACUUGUUGCUAGAGUUAUAAGUAACUCUUUAUAUCGUCGUGUUGUGCACUAUAUAUAUUAUUAAGUAAAAUAAACUAUUUAACUACAAAAGAAUCUUUAAGUUAGCUUAUACAAUAUUUCUAAAUCUCUCAAGAAAAAUAAUCAUUUGUGUAAAGUAUACAUUUGAAUUUUUGGAUAUUAUUUUACUUAACAAUAUAUACCUUUUGAUACGCGAUGAUAUUGUUAUAUGAUGGUAAUCUUAACAAAUAGUGUUCGAUGAUAAUUUUGUAAAGGAAUAAUAUCAGGGCGCGGUCCGGAUGAGUUCCAAUGUUAUAUAACCCUGUGUCCUCUAUACAUACUUAGGGGAUACAUACAUUUACAUAUACUUUGUCAUUGAAUAAAAGGAAGAUUUUGGCUCAUAAUUUGAAAAAAAUCAGGGUGCCAACAUGUCAAUCAUUUACGCUCCGUAGUGAACAAAAAGAUACUGUCACUGUCGCACUGACAUGGAAGAGUGAUAGACGCAAAGCGUUUCGCUGUCGUAACGCAAGCGCUUGCCACCUUGGCUAGGCACCCUGUUUACUGGAGUCGCUAACUGCACGCACUGACUGCAUAUGUUUGGGGGUUCAAUAUUAACAUUCAUUAAUCGUUCACUCAUCUAUGAACCGCGCCCGUAGCAAAGAUAUUUUUCAGUAAUUUACAAAUUAUUUUAAAUAUAAUAUAUGCCACAUAAUAAUGUAUCGACAUCACCAACAUAUCUGCCAAUUAUUGAUAUGCUAGUUGUACUGUAGUGUAGUUACCUCCCUAGCUGUACAGACUGUUGUACUUAUUGUAUGACAUGCCAAUGGACCAUAGAGCAGGAUAGAAAUACUCGUGUCACGAUAUCAGUGUCAUGAGCAGUAUAUUAGAUAGCCUACCAAAGAGUUAUUAUUGGAAGAAAAGGUGAAGUCUAAGAAAAAAAUGUUUCUAGAAUUUGACAAGUGUCGCUAUAAAAUGCUUCUUAAAUUAUGAGGUAUCUGGUUGUCUAAAGUUAACGUUUGGCAAUUCGGUCACUACAGAACUUUAUACUACUACUUACUAAUUAAAGAUUCGAAAUUAAAUGGAACAGGAGACCUUUUUAUAUGCCUCUAGGCGGCUAAGGGUUAUGACGCCAUCUAAUUCAGCUGUCACGGGGGCACGAUUUCUUUUUUCUUAGGCUAUAACCUAUUCUAUUAUGAAUAACUCUAGGUUUGGUCAACAAUUGUACACGUGUUAAGACACUUGUAUGAAAGCUUGUGUCUACAGACCCGCGUGUAGGAGACGGUGCAACGCGUGGCGUAUUGUUGUCAGUAGUCGUGUACCGUGUGCACAGCUAACUCAUCAACGUAGAACUUAUUCGAACGAUAAGAUUUACUAUUGGUCAGUUAAAUGUGUUGUCAGAAUCUACACGAUACCAAGCAGUGUUGAUUGAACAAAAGGUAUACAGUCUAAGGAAAAAUGGUGCCCCGAGGACAGCUGUACUAGAUCCCCAUACGGCGCCAUAUGGUAACUGAAUUGUCACACGUCAACUUUUGACAAGCAGCGUUAUUGCAUCACUAUACGGGCCUGUGCAGCGCCAUCUACAAUUCGAGGCACGUACUUUUCUAAGAUUUUACACCUCUUCUACAAUGAAUAACUGUUUGUCGAUACUGUGGAGGCGAGCAACAGUAUUGGAGCCAGAGUGCUGCGAUCAGAUCUCAGAGUGACCAGUAUAUUGUAAUAGAUAUAUUAGUUAUUUUAAUAUUAUAUACACGAGUAAUCAUUAUUUAUGCAUAAUACUAACCGGCUCAGAUUUACUUGUCGAGACAAGUACCCACGAGGUAGUACAUAAAAAUAUGAAUUAGUUGGUACGAAUUUAUUAUUUAAUAAUAAAUAAAAUAUGGAUAAAGUAAAAAUGUAUGUAAUAUUCAUGUCGCACUUAUAUACGUAAAUGCUUAGUAGAUAAUCGCGUAAAUGGGGCCUAUUGGUAAAUAUAUGAUAUAUAUAAAUAUAGCUCAGUACCCGCUUGUCCGAGUUUAUUUUGGAUUUGUAAAUUAUGUAUUAGUACAGUUAGCUGCUGAAAAAUAUAAUUUCAAAACAUUGUAACACAAUGUCUAAAAAUGUAUGGUACACAUUCAUACUAGUUCUUUUUUAAAGUACCAUACAGAGCUAGUUGAAUGUGUAGGUCACAACUUACUUAUUUACUUUCCAUAUAAAAUAUAAAAGUACAAUCAGCCGUAGGUAAUGAAACAAAAAUUUAACUUUCCGUAUUUCGGGUUGUUCACAUAGAAAUAUGUGUUAGAUAAAGUUUUCGACAUUGUGUUUAGAUGUAUUGAAAUUGUAUGUUCAACAGUUAACGAUUAGUAUCGUUCGUGCCAUACGCCGCGGCGGCACUCGGCGUCCCAUAUCUUAUUGAAAAUGUGUUCAGAAUUUUUUAGAUACUAUACAAUCAUAAACAUAGUUGUGUGUACAUAGUUAUUUAACGCGGGAUUAUUUGUGUUAGUUAAGGUAAUAUUAAUGUCGCUCUAGGCCGGGACGACAAAUCUGUAUAUUUUGUCAUUUCGCUAGUGCAGUUCGCGAGAAAAUAUGUGACGAUUUCAGACAAAAGUAACACGUUUGUCAAUAAAGGUCAUAUAUCAUAUUAAAGCUUAUUGACAACAGACAUACUUUAUGGCUGAGAACGACACGUCGAAGAAUGGAAUUGAAAACAUAACUUGGUGUUCUUACUGUUGUAUUUGGUAGCGCCGCUGUAAGCGCGCGUCUCGCGAACUGAGGAGUCGCUGAUUGAGGUGCAAUUCCAUCUUUUUGACCGUUGUACACAUUGUUAUUGUAACUUUCGUAUCUUGACUUAUAUUUCAAAAAUACAUAAACGAGAAGCAUAUUUUUGCCGCGGUUAAAAAGAUAGAAUUGGUUUAUAAAUUAUUUUAUAUAUAAUAACGAUCACAAAUAUAAGAGCCAGUGUAUCCAGUGUUAAGUAGGUUGGCUGUUCUGUGCUGGCUGUACGGUCGAGUUCACGGACAUCUUUACAGGCCAACGUUUCAAAAAUAUAUUUACACGAACUUAUUGUCAGUGUCUAGAGUCGUGAACAUUGUUAAGGGCGGUAAACAAGAAUUUACGAAGUAGGGCUUAAUCAACACGAAUUCGCAAUUCAGGUAUCGCCCGUGGCUAACAAUGUUGACACAUCACACUUGUGAGGAAAACAAGGGAAAUAAAUAAAACUUCUGCCUCAUUUCUUACGUACAUUACAGCCCUACAAAAUUUAGGAUUCGCGGACCGCAUCACCUACGUGUGAUAACAUGAUGUACGUGCUCGUGUGAUGAAAAUAUAUUUUUGGAACGUUGCUUUGUGGAGAUGUUUGUGAACUCGACUGUACCGCGUUAGCGAACAUGUUACUUUAAGUGUAAUGUCGCUCUAAGCUAAAACUUAUUGGUUUUUACUUUGAAAUUACAUUCCGUAUUUAUCAAUUAUAUUUUAAAUAUUAAAUAUUUUAAUAUAAUUUUUUUACUCUCCGUACAGAACAUUAUAUUUAUCUAUAUUAUUUAGAUUAGUGACUGAUUGUAAUCACGUGGAGCUGAGUAUUUGUUUGGUGCAUAUAUUUGAGUUGCCAUCUAUUGUUUGAUAGUAUUAAUUAUUUUCUGUGAUAAAACUUUUUUUUUGAAAAACAAAAUAUGGUUCUGUGAAGAAAAAUAUUUGAUAUAAACAUCACGAUUCUAUAUUACGAGUGAUAUACUCUAUACUCAUGACUCAUGAGGGAAAAAAGAUAAAUAUUUAUAGGUUUAGUUUAAUUUCACUCAUAUCGAAAUGUUGUAAUGUUUUAAUAUACUUAUUUGGGUCUUCAAGUAACUUUAGUAGUCCCAAUCAGAGUUACCGCAAAAUGUAUGGAGCCGUACAGCGCCAUCUCGUUUACGUGGCUAAUUCGAAGCACGAAAUUGUGUUACAUGUUACUCAAUCAAUGUAUGUUUGGUGCAGGAAAGCUCACAAGGAAGGGUACCCAACGUAUUUUUUUUAGCUGCCCAAACUCAACCUAUUGGGAGAAAUUGUCCUCCAAAGUACUAAAAAGUUACUGCUUUGCUGAAAGCAGCAAAAAUACUUGUCCGUUAUUUUAGACUACUCUAUAACAUAUAUCAAAAUGAAUCAAAUCUGAGUCGGACAGUUGGGUACCCUUCCUUGUCAGACAGACCCCGCCAAGGUCACUCGCAGUGUAGGCUCGUGCAUGUCGAUAAUUCUAGUUUGGAGUACCGAUAGUUGCCGAUCAACUCCGCCUGUGCGACGCGGCGUUCCUGCCGCACCCGUAGCCGUUACUUUAAGCGUAGGAUGUUCUACCUCUAAACAAAUCAUAGUUGAUGUACAAUAUAAUAUAAACUUUUAACAAU